GUCCUCCUAAAAAUUAAUUAAAUGAAAUAUUACAGCUGAUUUUUAUGUAUUUUUACAGGCAACAACAAAACUAGGGUUAGUUUCUUAAUUUUAUUUCUGUCGCAGUUCUUCCCGAUGGAAGAUUACAACACUUGAUUGGAAUAGUGAAAAUGGAUUGUAACAAUGCUUUCAAUCGUCUGGAUGAUUCUCUUUUGGCAUCUGCUUUACAAUUUUACUUCCCAAGUAAAAAUGAACCGAAACCUAAAACUACACCUAUGCUAGAUGUGGACCUUUUUGAACUCAAGCGGGCAUACAAUGUACCAGUUGACUUAGACAUUCGGCUGGAAGAAGACAUCACAAACGAAAGUCACCAUAGCGAUGAAGAAGAGCUUGAAGAACAUUUGCCGAUAGAAUUCUGUGAGAGCUUGAUUGAUGAAGAAGAGGAUUGUUCAAAUGAAGGCCAGACAACUGAUGAGUCAAAUGAACAAACCGACCAGGUUCCGGAAGAACAGAAUCAUUUUUACAAUUGUAUUCAUUGUGUAUAUAAAGGGACUAUAGGUGAGUUACGUAAUCAUUAUGAACUCCUCCACAAAGAUUGCACCAGGUCUGUUCAUUGGUGUGUCGAAUGUAAAGUGGAUUUUGAAAAUGAGGCAAUCUUAAAACUCCAUAAAGUCCAAGAACAUGUUUUUUACUGUUCUAAAUGUUUUUACAGCUUUAAAACUCAAAGAGAGCUUUUGGCCCACAUGUCUGUUCACAGUCGCUCAAAAGGGUACCAAUGUACAAUAUGCAACAAAAUAUUUCCUAUCCGGCGCUAUUUCGUGAGACACCUUGAACGCCAUGAGAAGAAGAAAAGAGAACCGGAAAAAGUGAGCAAGAGAGAAGAAAUAUUUAAAUGCACACAAUGCGAAAAACAGUUCAUGAAGAAAGAAUCGCUCGUGAAACACACCAAGAUCCAUUCGCGUGACUCGUUAAAGUGUUCGUUAUGUGACUUCACCUGCGGAAAAAAAGUCACAUUAAAAAUGCAUGUGAUUUCCCACGAAGGCAAUAGGAAGUAUAAGUGUGAUCGGUGUGACUUCAGCUUUAAACAGGUUGGCCACCUUAAAAGGCACAUUGCUCGAUUUAACCAUUAGGAUUUUAUAAAUUUUAUAGCUUUAUUAGGUUAAUAUUUUAUAGCUGUUUAAACACUAUUUAAUCAUUUGGUUACACCAACAGUUGAGUCUUUAUCAUCACAUUUGUUAUAUUGUAGUCAUUGUUUUAUCUAUAUAUUAUGUUUUAUAUUAUCUCAUUCUAUUUAUUGUUGUCAGUAUUUGUUACCCUUUCACUCAAAGUGCACUUUUUUCUAGUUUAGGCCAAAGGUUGAAUUGUUAAUGUUUUUCACUCUUUACUGUGAUUGUUGGAAUUGCUGUUUUUCAAACUAUGAAAACUUGUCAAAUAGUUAUUGCUAAUCUUUGAUUGGACCAUCAUUCAAUAAAUUUUUAAAGUUUUAUUAAUA